AUGCUUUCGGGAAUCUUUACCAUCAUUAUCGCGGCAUGUGCAUUGCUACCUUCAGCAAUCGCCCGACCACAGUCACAACCAUACGAAAGCGCUAGUGUCGUUGCCCCCGCUCCCGAUGCCUCACACCUGUACAACCUCACUCGAGUGUUCUUCGAGUCGAUGAUUGUGCCCAACAAUCUGGUCCAACUCAAAGGUCUCAACUCAUCCAUCUUCGCGGAGGACAUCACUGGUCGAGUAUCCGAUUCACGCAAGUUCCUGGGCCGAGAGCUUAACACCGAGUACGUCUAUGGCGCUUUCACUGGAGCCAGCGUCAAUGAGUCACGAAUCACUCUUAUCGGCUUCCCACGGACGACAAUGACCAUGCGCUUCGCUGCGAAUCCGGUCGACAAGACAGCCUUCAUUACCGAGAUCAUGAGCUUCGACAUCAAGUUGUUGGGCCAGACUAUUCCGGUGCAGAUGGACGUGUGGUUCAAAUGGAACGACAACGACGAGGUUCAGGCCUACGACGCGCGUUUUGUCUACUUUGACUGGCUUAUGUCUGACGGCAUGAAGACGUUAAAGAAUCGGUACAACCUGCCUGAUGUUCUGCACGCUCAGGAUUUGUCGAAGUCAAUGCUCAUUUCGCAGAUCUGUGAGACGGCAGUAGCGAGUUGCCAGGGUGAUCUGCUCCAGUACGACAGUGUUCCGCAAUGUCAGGAGUAUCUGAUGAACAACAAGCGAAUGGGCCAGCCAUUUGAGUUUGGUGUGGACACCAUUCUCUGCCGGAGUCUCCACGAGGGCAUGUUGACGCUUAAGCCAGAAGCUCAUUGCGCCCACGUCGGUCCUAGUGGUGGCGACAUGUGCACCGACAACCUGGAUUAUGCGACAUAUGUCAUGGACACAGAUUUCUUCGACCCGAGCAAUGCGGGGUGGUAA